AUGUUGAGUACUUCAUCUUCGCCAGCAUCGGAAGUAGUGGAUGGGUUAGCAUCCACUGCCACCCUCAAUGAAUCCCUAUCAAUACGAACAACAGACGAAAAAGAAGAAAUUAAAACUCUCAAGGCUUUGUUGAAUGAAGCUAUCGAGAGAAUACGGACCUUAGAAGAUGUGUGCGUUCACCUGAAUAGUGAAAUGGCAAUAUUGAAAAAAUUAGUAACGGUCCAGGUUCAGGAGGUGAACAACACGAUUGAUUGUAAAUUUAAGGAAAUUAUCAAGAAUGUAGAUUCAAAAAUUAUGCAAACAGAGCAACGGGUGGAUCAGGUGUUGUGUCGAUUUGAAACUGCUCAAGAAGAAUUCAACAAGUCAAGGGCCGAAUCAGUAAAAAAGAUGCAUCAUUCAGUACUAGUAACACCUAAGAAAGCAUCCCUUGAUACGAGUCAUAAUCGCUCGGAUCUUAGUCUCCCUCCGUUCUCACCAAUCUUUAGAAAUUCUGGAAUUGAAACACCCCGAAGCACCUCAAGUAAGGACCGACCUGGACCUUCAAAGCAUGACACAACAGAUAUUGAACACUUCAUUACAUUUUCAGAUGACACAAUUGUUAAAGUGCUAGAAAGUGAAAUGUUCGAAAACUAUAAGGAGAUGGCUUUGAAAAUAUUCAAAUAUUGCAUAAGCCAACUGGCAGAGCUUCAAAAAGGAGAAGUGAGGAAAACUAUGGGAAAAAAGCAUUUCAUGAAAUUCUUCACAGAGGGUAGAUUGUCAAGUGUGCUCAAUGAAAAGAGCUGGAAUUUGGAAUUGGUGUGGGUGUCCGUCCUCAAACGUCUCCGUAUCGUUGACGUUUAUUCUCCCUCUGGAAAGUAUCAUUUGAACUAUGAAAAUUUCGAAAAGGCCCUCUUUUUGAUGGCUCAAGAAUUGAAAGACUCACAAUUAAUGAAUCCCUCACAACGAUUGGAAUCGUUGAUGUUGCAUAUAAUUCCUCUCUUUUCGGAAUUAAUUCAACAGAAAGAAGCACAAUCAAGCUCUUCACAUGACCCCAACUCCUCCUAUCAAGAAGAUAGUAUAGACUUGGAGCGUGACAUGGAGCAGCUCGAAAGUACGUUCAGAAAGCAUAGAAAACAGUUGAAAGCAAUGUGGUCCUUCUAUAGCAGUGCUAAAAAACCAAAAACCAAACUCAAAACUCACCUUCAUGGGCUCAACAUUAAGGACCUGCUUGACUUGUGUCAGGUCUAUGGGUUGAAGAGCCUGAUCACAAAAGGAGACUUGGUUCAUAUAUUUGAACAACGAAUGGACAUGAAAAAAACAGAGAGUUUAGAAGAUAGACUCUCCUAUUGUGCAUUCGAGCAAGUGUUGGUAGAUAUUGCCAACAAAAUCUACGGCGAAAAACCAUUUUCUAACAUUUACCAAACCACAGAAUCACGACUAGAAAAGUUGCUAAGCAAAUUGAUCAUGGCCUACGAUGAUCACAGGCUAGAUAAGAGCAUACAAGGUCUUUCAUUAAGAGAAUAUUAA